AUGUCAGAAUCAAAGGAAAUCAACGGCAAGGCUUCCGGCGACGCCAACGAGACUGGGAACGUUGAGGCCGUCGAGACGGUCAAGACCGCCGCUGCGAAUGCGGAGAACGAUGCGACCAGCGCCACGCAACCCACAACAGAGCCUUCGGCCUCGGCAGACAGCGAGAAGGAAAAACAGGCUGGCAAGAAGUCCAAGGAUGGAGCAGAACAGGGUUCAUCGGAGGGCAAGUCAGACAGAAAGCUGACUCCGAAUAUGAUCGACUCGCUGUUGCGGUUGAACCCCGCUUUGGCCGGCGAGUUGGCGGGCAUGGAGAAGGACAAGGCCGCCGAAACGCUUGCCAAGAUGAACAUCGCCGAUCUCCUUACUGGCCUGUCGAUCGGGAAGAAGAAUCAGAAAGAUAUGGCGUCCUACAAAUUCUGGCAGACCCAGCCGGUGCCGCGUUUCGACGACAAGCCCGAUCUCCAAGAAGGGCCGAUCAAGAUCAUCAACCCCGAUGAGGUGCAGAAGGAGCCUUACCCUCUGCUGGACGGGUUCGAGUGGGUAACGCUGGACUUGACGGAUGAGAAAGAGCUCUCAGAGUUGUAUGAUCUCCUAUCGAACCACUAUGUCGAGGAUGACAACGCCAUGUUUCGCUUCAACUACUCGCGGUCGUUCCUGAAGUGGGCUUUAACGUCGCCGGGCUGGCAGAAGGAAUGGCACGUCGGAGUUCGCGCGUCGAAGUCCCGGAAGCUCGUCGCAUCCAUCUGCGGUGUGCCUUCGGAGAUCCGUGUCCGCGGUCAGCGGAUGAAAGUCACGGAAAUCAACUUCCUCUGUGUCCACAAGAAAUUGCGCUCUAAGCGUCUUGCACCGGUGUUGAUCAAGGAGAUCACCCGACGAUGCUACCUGAAGGGUAUCUACCAGGCCAUCUACACCGUGGGUGUGGUGUUGCCAACGCCUGUUACUUCAUGCCGAUACUACCACCGUCCCCUGGAUUGGCUGAAGCUGUAUGAAGUCGGCUUUUCUCCUCUCCCCGCGGGCUCGACCAAGGCGCGUCAAAUCACCAAGAACCACCUGCCCAGCAAUACGGCGACGCCUGGCCUUCGGCCAAUGCAAGAGAAGGAUAUUGACGCGGUCUAUGAUCUGCUUGAGCGGUAUCUAAGACGCUUUGACAUUAACCCGGCGUUCACGAGGGAGGAGAUUGACCAUUGGCUACUCCCUAAGGAGAGUAACGGGGAACAAGUGGUCUGGUCAUAUGUCGUGGAGGAUCAACAGACGCAGAAGAUCACUGACUUUGUUUCCUUCUAUUCUCUGGAAUCCUCUGUUAUUCAAAACCCGAAGCACAAGGAGGUUCGUGCUGCAUAUCUGUACUACUAUGCGUCGGAGACUGCGUUUUCAGAGAAGGAGAAAGGCCUUAAGGAGCGGCUACUGAUGUUGAUCAACGAUGCCCUUAUUUUGGCCAAGAAGGCCCAUUUUGACGUCUUCAACGCCCUCACUCUCCACGAUAACCCGCUGUUCCUGGAACAGCUCAAGUUCGGUGCUGGUGACGGCCAACUGCAUUACUACCUGUUCAACUACCGUACUGCUCCUGUUCCUGGUGGAGUCAAUGAGAAGAACCUCCCGGACGAGAGGAAGAGAGGAGGCAUGGGUGUGGUUCUCCUGUAA